CAGCAGUGAUAGAAGUCAGAGUUAGAGUAACGAUCAUGGAGAAACUAAUAAUAACGAAGUUAUUUUGUAUUUUGCUAGUAAUAUUAUGUAUACAAGAUUGCGGUACCGUGAAUCUCAACACACUACGUCUAACUAAUGUAUUGUAUCGUCAUGGAGAUAGAAGUCCUGUGAAGAUCUUUAAAACAGAUCCUAAUACACUCAGUAGCUGGCCACAGGGAUUUGGAUAUCUUAGCAAAAUUGGAAUGCGACAACAGUAUAACUUGGGUAAAUAUUUUAGAGAACGAUACAAUGGAUUCCUAAAUGAAUCCUAUAUCUUUUCAGAGAUAUACAUCAAUAGUUCUAAUGUAGAUCGAUGUUUAAUGUCAGCGUACAGUAAUCUAGCUGGUUUGUAUUAUCCAAACAGUGAUGAAGAAUGGAACACGAAUAUAACAUGGCAACCAAUACCAGUCCAUACAAUACCAGAACCACUAGAUAAUUUGAUAAGUUUACAAAGAGCAUGUCCUAAAUAUGAUCAACUAUAUCACCAAUCAUUAAAAUCACCAGUAGUUAAAAAAGAAGAAAUAGAAAACAAGGGUUUUUAUGAAUUUGUAUCCCAAAAAAGUGGCCAGUCAAAAGAGACUAUAGAAACAAUAUGGCAAGUAGCUGAUACUCUGCUAUGUGAGCAAAGACAUAAUAAAACGUGGGCUCCGUGGGUUAAUAAUACAAUUUAUAAUAAACUACGAGAUUUAGAAAAGUGGGGUUUUGAUCUUCUAUUUGGUGGUAGAACAGUUAGUAAAUUAAAGGGAGGUCCAAUCUUGGGUCAAAUUGUCAACAAUAUUCAGAUGAAGAUAGCUGGACAAUUAGAUUAUAAAAUGAUGAUGUAUUCAGGGCACGAUACGACAGUAGCUGCCUUGUUAAAUGCUAUGCAGGUUUAUAACCUAGAGAGUCCACCAUAUACAGCAACAGUUAUUAUAGAACUACAUGAAGAAAAUAACCAAUAUUUUAUAUAUAGUUAUUAUAAAAAUAAUACCUGGCCUAAUACUACAUCAAUACAUAAUCUUACAUUACCAGGUUGUGAUUUCCGAUGUCCAGUUGAUCAGUUUAUUGCUAUAACUAAAGAUAGAAUUCCUGUAGACUGGGAGAAAGAGUGUAGUAUUAAUCAACAUGGUCAAAAUCCAGUAGAAUUCAGUAAAGUUGCAGUGACAAUUAUGUCUAUAUUAGGUGGUAUGGUGUUACUAUUGACAAUGAUUAUAUUUAUAUGUCAGUGUCGACAGAAAAAUACAAAAACUACUAAAUACAGUUUGUUAGAAGAAAAUGGUUACCAAGAUUCCUGAUUAUGAAUUUUUUUAAAACUUGGUUUUAACUUUUUUUUUUAAUUUUUUUUUUGGUUUUAUCCAUUUUAUCAAUCAAGUCAGGGCUAGGGCUGACUUAUGUAAUGAAAUGGGGGGCAUAUGUGGCAUUCAAGUGUUAUUUAGUUCUUCAGAAAGUGGUGGGGAUGGGGUGAGUGUUUAAUAUCAAAAUAUGGGUCUUAAUAUGAAAUUCCAGUUAUCAUGUUAUACAUCACCAGAAAGUAAGUUUCUAUGGCUCUUUGAAUCUACUUGUUAUUUUCUAGCAUAUUCAUGAAUACAGAUCUAUAUUUCGUUUCGUUUUUUAUACUUUCGAUGGCCUACACUACAUGAAGAUCUUAUCGGUUGUAGCGAUAGGUCGCAUCAGAGGUCAUACGGGCGGCUUUUGACCUAUGAUGUCAGACAUUUGAUUAACAAAUCAGCAUUGAUGUUACUAGUGGAUUACCCACAGUUCCGUGCAAAACACGCCUAACGCUCGCCGUAACAGGCCGUUUCAUUGGCUAAUACCUCACACCAUCGAGAACACGUCAAUGAUAACAACUCUUCCAGAUCCUAGUGUAGUAAAGACAAAUAAAACAAAAUUUUGAACUAUAAAAAACGAAACGAAAUAAGAUCUGUGUUUUAAUCAGAUUGCAUGAUUACAUACUUUCGAAGAGAUAAAACCCUUUUUAUUUUGAACAAAGAAAUGUGUCGCCAUCAGACAAUAAGCUUGUUACUAAAAAUAGACUACUUUCAAUUUAUUUUAUUUUGGAUUAGCCCAUACUGAGCACGUGAUUUCACUGAAGUCAUGGUCAUCAAGUGAAUUCGUUUGUGUAUGCUGACUUGAUUCCCCCUUAUUGUUUGGAGUGCAGGACAUAAUAUUUUGUAAUAUAUUUUCAACUUAUGCAUUUUAUGUCAAUCAGUGUAAAUAGUGUUCAUGUUGAAUGCUCAUAUUCUAAAUCAUUUCUUGAAUUGAUCUACAGUGAUGAAUACUAAACACAUAUAACCAUACUAUGGAUCAGGAACCAACCAUGACAUUAUCGCCGCCAUAUUGGAAAUGUUUAUGAUAUCAAAAUUCGAAGUCUGUCAGUCGAUGCAAAAUUGUCCAAGGAACAAACAUGCCAAGUUUUAUGCUGAUCGUACUUAAAUUGACAGAGCCUGAGGCUUUUUUCGAAGCUUGUCAACCCAAGAACAAGAUGAGACAGUUACUGGUCCAAUUGUUUCUUCAAAUGGCCACUAUUUUAAUUUGGGUAUUCAUGUAAGAACAUGCAUUACUUAAAUAAUUAUACAUAUAUUACCAUUAUGUCAUUGUUUCAUAGCAUGUUAGAUUGUCAUUUUGACUAUGUAACUGUUUAUUGGUUUACUGUUUGUUCUUUUAAAAUAUAUAUUGAUUGAUAGUUCAGUUAAAAAUGGCAAUCAGUUUCUGGUCCAAAAAUAUAUACUAAUAUUUGUUAGUUUUUAGUCCAAUGGAAAGAUUGCUUUUAAAAUUCUGAUUUGUUCAACAAUGACAAAUCAUUCAGUUUAAGUAAAUUCUUAGUAACUGCACCUUUUAUUUAUUUUUAUCAAUAGUUUUUAAUAUAUAUGUUUGUAUGUAUGUAGAAAAAUGCUGUAAAAAUGCUUUUAUUCUAUUUUUUUCAUUAAAAGGUAUUUUUGAUUAUUA